UAAUUUAGAAGUUCAUAUAGAUUAUAUAGAAUUUUUUAGGCAAAACUUUUCAAAAUUUUACACUGUUUGUGCUAAAUUCUUAAUCUUGAUCGCCGCAAAAUGUCUAGGUUACUGCAUCCCAUUGAAAGCGGAUUAGGCGCAGUUACUAUGGGCAAUAAACAAAUAAAACAACAUUUGGAGACGGCUCAGAAGACGGGCGUGCUUAAAAUCUCGCUACAACGACUGCAGGAGUUUCCGCCACAGCUUAAAGCCUAUCCCAAUGUUCUCAAGACGCUGGAUCUGUCCGAAAAUCGGUUCGAGCAUAUGCCCGAUGAACUGGGCCGUCUAACAUUGUUGAAGCACCUCAAUCUAAGUGGCAAUCGCUUGGUAGAGCUCAACGAAGUGUUAGGUGAGCUGGUGAAGCUUGAGGUGCUGCUGCUGAUGGACAACAUGUUGACUAAGUUGCCCAAAACAUUGGCCAAUUGUACGCAUCUAAAGACCGUGAAUCUGAGCAAUAAUCAGCUUAAAGAGUUUCCUGUAAUGUUAUGCGGACUCAACAAGCUGGAUGUGUUGGAUUUGUCGCGCAAUAAGAUCACCGAAGUGCCCUCAGAGGUUGGAAAUCUGUAUGUUACUGAGUUAAAUCUAAAUCAAAAUCAAAUCUCUGCAUUGGCCGAGGAGAUUGCCGAUUGUCCCAAGCUAAAAACGCUGCGACUAGAGGAGAAUUGCCUACAGGCUAGCGCGUUGACACCACGCAUACUGAAGGAAUCCAAGAUCUGUAAUCUAGCCGUCGACGGCAAUUUAUUUAAUUCUAAACAGUUUACCGAUCUAGAUGGUUAUGAUGUCUACAUGGAACGCUAUACGGCGGUCAAGAAGAAGAUGUUCUAAAUGCUUUAACAUAACUUCUACGAUUUAUAUGUAUACAUAUUUAUGUUAAUUAUAUUUGUAUUUGUAUUUGUACGUAUUUAGAUAACAACACUACUUU